AUGUCGGAGAAAGGAGGGAAAGGGUUCAAAUCUUCUCUCAAGUCCAAAUCCGGCAAGGACGAUAGCUCAACCAAGCCCAAGAAGACAGGGAAAGUCCAUUUUGACCAUAACCUAGGCAAAUCGGAAUCCCGUUUUAAGGUUCUCCAAGGAUCUGAUGACAACUUUCAAGGGUUUUCUGCUAGUAAAGAAUCUAAAGGUGGGAAAGGAAGCAACAAGGCUAAGAAAAGUUCUGUCUCCAAAGAUUCCCAGCCACUUGAGCUCAAGACUGAAAAGGAGCUUCCGGAGAAUGCAAAGUGCUUGAUGGACUGUGAAGCUUUUCAGAUUCUUCAAGGCAUCAAGGAACAAAUAACUGUGUUAUCUGAAGAUCCUACCAUCAAAAUUCCUGUACCUUUCGAUAGAGGACUGGAGUACCUGAAAUAUGGUAGUUGCUAUAUGAAUCCUCAGUCUGUGAGACAGAUCCUUGACCCUCUAAAGAAGCAUGGUGUCUCUGAAGGCGAGAUGUGUGUGAUUGCAAAUGUUUGCCCAGAAAGUACUGAUGAAGUUUUUGCUUUUGUUCCAUCGAUAAAGGGGAGAAAAGACAAGAUCAAUCAGCCCUUAGAAGAGGCAUUGGCAAAGCUAUCUAAGAUCAAAAAAUCUACUUAA